GUGCACAACAGAUAAGAAAUCUUGUAUCUUGUUCGGGAUAGUUCCAAACAUGGACGUCAACACAUUGAUUUUCGUGGUGACAUGUUUAAGCGCAACCUCGGCAUUUAUUCUAGAAAACCGCCCUGUCUACCCGACGAUCCCAUCGACCCCACCUACAUGUUCGAAGAAUGGAACGAUCUACAAUCAGGGAGAGGGAAUCCCGUCCGACUGCUUUUCAACGUGCAGCUGCCAAAAUGGACGGAUUUCGUGUAUUUAUCAAGAUUGUCCUCCUCCAAACUUAAGCAUAGUGUGUGUUGAUUCUGCCAGGCCCCAUUGUGGCUGUCCCUAUUGUCCCAAUGGACCAAACUGCGGAUAUGGUAAUUUGACUAUUCCGUAUGGUCAGGAACUAAGAGUAGAUGAACGGACAAUAUGCAGCUGCUUGAGGGGAGAAAUAUCUGCAAUAUGCAGGCCUUCUGGCUGUAUGUAUCAGGGGAAAGUGUAUUCGGAAGGGAUUUUCUACCCAUCCCCAUGUGAGAGGUGCCAAUGUGACUCACAAUACAAUAUGGUGAACUGCUCCCUCAAUAAAUGCAUCAUCAAACCACUCCUGUGUGUAGAUGCCAUAGUAGAACCUGGCACCUGCUGUCAUGUGUGUCCGAACGGGCCGAAUUGUUUUGCGGGGAACAAGAAAAUUACAGCAGGCCAGGACUAUAACGAUGGUAGUCAGAUCUGCCGAUGCCCUGAGCCGAACCCGAACCUAAUAUUUGGACGUAUUAGGCCCCAGGCAGUUUGUAAACUCGUUGGUCCCAUGGCCCCACCGUCCACUACAAACCCGUAGCAGUGAACGCUAUGAGGCAGCGGUUCCCAUGAAGUUUGCAAACUCGUCGGUCCAAAGGUCCAACCGUUUACUACAAACCCCUAACUGAGAAUGCAAUAAAUUCUUUUAAAUUUC